ACUGUGUUCUGGAAGUUUUCAUAUGGGUUAACUGUAAAAUAUAAUUAUUUACAUUUUUUAUUUAUAUUUUUUAACCAAAAAUAGUUCAUCAUGAACGGUAAAUGACAUUACAAUAUUAGAAUAAUGUAUUUGUAAUCAUAUAUAAGUGUUUAGCAGCUGAAGGCUGAAAAGUUUCCUAUGAAAAAUAUGUGGAUAUAUUUUAAUAUUCUGAUCAYUUUCAUCAAGUUUUCAGGAAGUGCCUAGCAAGCAAAAAAAAAAUGAUUACAAGCAGUUUUAUAUUGGUGYAYGGUAGUAAUUGAUAGACAUCCAUGUCAGCUUUCUCGUGAAAUCAGUUCGCUACGCUUUGUGUUAURUCAAGMAACAAACCUCGGGAUAAAACACAGAGACCAUGCCCUUUUUUGACAGUUUUGAAAAAAGGGUAAUAAUUUACUACAUCGUUUGAGUCGCAAAAACCUGUUUGAGAUGUAAACAAAGAAUCAGACGACCAUGACAUACCAUCAAGAGGAAUUGAAUAAUUUCAAACUUUGCGAUAUCAUACAAACAGGAUGUAAGGGAUUAAGGGAUAUCUUUAGAGAUGAGUGGCUUUGGAGUAGGAAAAGUAAAUGGAAUGACACGCAAUACGAUCGCGAUGCUCUUUACAAUUCAAUGCUGAGUAAAUUUCCUUUAAGCAAAGACUUAGAAAAAUUCAGGUAUACGAGAAUCGAGGAAUGGGACUGCACGGUGCUAUGCGGCGCCAUUUUGUCCCUCCAUCCACCCUAUGAAUUGUCAAGAGCAGUAUUUGCACUGAAGAAAAUUCGAAAUGAGUAUUCCCACAAUCCAAUAUUAAAGCUCUCCGAUCAUGACCUGCAUUCCAAAGCUAAAACUAUUGCAGAUAACUUUGAACGUAUCGGCUUUCCCGAGAUCGCUGAAGAAGUACGAUUUAUAGUAAGUCAGAAGCAAUUUGCUAAAAGACCAACUUCGCUGGAGAACGCGGACCCCAUUAAAAUCUGCAACCUUCCUCUCCCUCCUUCUCAUGAGUACACGUACAGAGAGCACGAGGUUGAAGAUGUGUCAAGUCGACUAAGACAGCUUCAAAUGUCAAAUUCGGAUGAUGGCGCAGUCAGUGUCUUCUACAUCUAUGGAAAUGCAGGAUGCGGAAAGACACAAGUUGCACGGCAAUUUGGAUUAAAGCAUUAUAAAUCCAAUGGAGUUAAAGUUAUUGCGACCCUCAACGCCGAGGACACAACAACGAUGGUUGACUCAUUCGGUAAGCUUGCUUCUGAUCUCGGCUGUGAUGAAGAAAAGGUUAGCAACGCUAUGCAAGUCUUAGAUGUGGAAAAGAGCAAAAAGAGUCUGAAGAUUUUGUCCAAUUUAGUUCGUUUACGAUUAAAGCAUCAUUCAUGGCUUCUUAUCGUUGAGAACAUCACAAAGAGUGCCAGUUUCAAGGAGUACUGGCCCCAGCCCGGUGAUCUUACUUGGGGCUGUGGUCAAGUGGUUGUUACGACCCAAGACAAGAGAAGUGUCCCUAGCAAAAACAGGUUCACUGAUAGUUUAUGCCUUAGCAACGGGAUGAACAAGAAAGAUGCUGAACAUCUUUUAAUUUCUGUAUCCAACGUCCAUGCAGAUAACAUAUCAGAGGUUCUGGACGCGCUCAACGGUCAACCACUGGCUCUUGCUAGCGCAGCGGUAUACGUGAAAGAGGCUGGUGUAAGCUGGAAAGAGUACGUGACCAAACUCAAGGAUGGUAAGCACGAAUACACUGACCAACUCUACCUGGAAACAAGCUCUGGAAACUAUGGUAAAACCAUGACAAAUGCCGUGAUGAUGUUCUCACGAUACAUGUGGGACGACGACCCAGUUUUGAAGAAAGCGUUUACGUUUCUUGGAUUCUGCGCACUGGAACAGCCAGUASCACUGGAACUUGUUGUCCAGUAUGUUAUACAAUGUGACUCCAAACUGGAUGAAGGGGUUGUUAGGGGCAAGCUAAAAUCUUGCUCACACUUGCUUCUCGAUGACAUCAAAGGAGAAACUGUUGACAAGCUCAUCGCACGACAUCAGGUYGUUCAGCGCAGUUUUGAAAGCUUGGUCAAGGAAAGCCUGUCAGAAAGUUCAUCUUAUCUUAGAACACUUUCAGGUAUUUUAAUGGCGUUCCAAAGUUACUACAAACCAUUGGACAAGUCAUGGGAUGCAUCAAGUGUCAUGAGGAAGAAGAUGUGGUUCCACCAUUUAACAAAGAUGGCAGAUUGCAUUGCUGAAAAUCCGGAAGGAUUUCUCAAUCUCGAAAAGAACAUGAUGCCUGAAGAUUGCCUCGAAGAACUUGGCCAUUUUUGCCUUACCUACGACAAACACAAAACCUCUCUAAURUUUUUCGAGUUGUCACUUAAAAUAAGCGAAAAAGCGUAUGGAAAGACGCAUUUGAAAGUUGCUCUCACAAAAAGUAAGUUGGGCAACUGUCAUUUGCACCUUGGCAGUGGGGAUGAAGCUGAGAAAUGCUGUUCAGAUGCGUUAACAAUUCUAGAGAGCUUACCAUCCGAAGACAGCGAAAAGAUGGUCAGUACUGCACAAGUCCUAACCACUCUAGGACUGGUUCACGAAAGAAAAGGAAAUUUAGUGGAGUCGAAAGCUUCCUUAACGAACGCUCUUCAAAUACUUGAAGGUCAUCCAAAGUCCGACCCCGAAAUGAAGGCUCUGGCAUUUAAUUCUUUAGGAACUAUUGCAUACAGACUUGGUGAUUUUYAUGGCUCCUACGACAAUCUACAAAAGGCAUUGUUCUUGCGCAGAAAGCUAAAUAACCCAAAGAUAUCGCAGUCUUUGUGCAACUUGGGAUUUGUAGCCUCUGAAAUUAAUAAAGCAGAAGAGGGUGAGAAGUUACUCGAAGAAGCCUUCACCAUCGCAGCAUCGAUGUACGACAAUGAUAACAGCAUACUAGCCUAUAUAUACUGCAAUAAAGGAAUCGUAUGUCGACGGUUGGGAAAAUUGGAUGACGCCAAACAAUACAGUCUGGAAGCUUGCGAAACUUUUCGGCGUAUUGGAGAAGAUUUAAUCAACGUAGCCGAGUCUACWGAUUAUCUAGGAAUGGUGUAUUAUGAACGACAAGAAUACGCAGAAGCCAAGGAAUGCCAUGAAAAUGCCAUUGAUAUCUGGAAUAAGGAAACUGGAGGCAAGGUUCAUCCCAAACUCGGUCGAUUUGAGAGAAAUUUAGGAACUGUCUUGGAGGCAACUGGGGAGCCCGAUCUGGCAUUGGUGCACUACAACAGGUCCCUGAAGAUAAUGGAAACGUGUGGAGAUAGUCAUCCCGAAGUAGCAAUGGUCUUGGAAAAAAUUGCAUCUGUUCAAAUCAAACUGGGAAACAAUGUAGAAGCACAGAAAGACCGCGCUCUUCAGAUCCGGAGGAAUCAAAAAGGUUUAAAACGACCAAUUCGGCAAUACCAAGUUCAAGAAAAUCAAAAUGCAAAGGUGUCAAGAAGUUCUUCAACAUGCUUAACGGAAACACAGCAAGGUGGGCUGCCUGUGCUGCCACAGGAAACCCAACAAGGUGGGCAUGUACUUACUCAGCAUAUCCUAUGAAGUCAGGGUGGUUGGUGUUGAUGUACGCUAAUUCUAGCUCCACAAAUGUAUCAAUCUAAACAGGGAAAAAGGGAAUGAAGAAAGGAAUGGUUGAAUGGGAAGAAAGAGGGAAAAAGGAAGUGGAAAAUGAUAAAUGGGAUUKAAGGAUUUUAUAUGAAUGAAUAAGAAACAGGAAAACAAAAAGAGAAGGGAAAGAAAGUAAAACAAGAAAGAGAAAGAAACUAACUAGUCAGAGAGUAAUGAUAAUUACAGGGAAAUGUACCUGUGUUUUUGACUUGAUCUCUCCUUUUCGUAUGUGAUCAAUAACGAUCCUCUCCACUUCAUCCCUUAGUAAAGGAUAUUUUGUCAU